GAUGCAGGUGCGACACGAAAGUUAGCGGAUUGCGCCGAGCACUUCCAUUCCCAGGACAUCAGCAAGCUGCAAAAGAGAUGAAGGGGGAUGUUUUGGCGAUGGAGAUUAAAGCAGGGGGUUUUUGUCAUCUGUGCGAGACAAGCUAUUCAUCCAUCCAGAUCACAGCCAAAAAAAGGCUGGUCCCAGAAAUUAGCAGUUUCAGCUCAGCAGCAAAGUCGCCAGGCUGUGAAGGCAGAGAGAAAUUGACUAAUUAGCAAUGCGCACUAAAACUUGACGGUUCUCUCCAUAAGAGCGAGGGAGAGACUCGCUUUUUCUCUCUCUCUCUCUCUUUUCUUUCUUCCAAAGAUGUUUGAAAUCGCAGUCAUUUACGCUCGACAGUUUUUACAAUAGCCUUGAGCCAUAAUUUUGCGAGUCUCUCCAGCAUCCAUCCCCCUGCAUGGUCUCUCUCCACCGGCCAUGCACGACCGUUUCUCUCCCCAACCGUGGAUUUCCUAUUACUCUCGUUACGACUCACUGAGCCCCAGGCCCAAGGAUAAUGAUGUGUUGUUUCUUGGUAGCAUAAUUUGUCACACGUACAUUUUUUUUUCUUCUUCUUCUUCUUCUCUUGCAGAAAGCUCUGCUCUCUCUCACACACACUCGCACACUUCCUGCUAAUUCAGGAGAGCAAAUGAUCAACGAAGGAAAAAUUAUACGUUUAUAUAAUAAAAUGUUAAAAGAGAGUGACUGCAUGAGUUGGAUUGAAGGAUAAUUUCUUUGAACCGGACUUAGUCCAAAAGACAGGAACAGAUACAAAUAUCCACAUCUGUAUUUUUGUUUUGCUUUGUUUUCAAGAAAAAGGGAAAAGAGCAAAAGAAAGGAAAAGUCUGAACUGUGCGGACGCCAGGACUACUUUUUUUUAUUCCAAAGCGGGUGUACAGGUGGAGUUUCGAGCCAUGUCCAGGUCUGCCGACAGGACGUCCACAUUUGACCCCACUCACAGUGACACCCUGCUGCACGGCCUCAACCUGCUCUGGAGAAAGCAGCUUUUCUGUGAUGUGACUCUCACUGCUCAGGGGCAGCAGUUUCACUGCCACAAAGCAGUGCUGGCAUCUUGCUCACAGUACUUCAGGUCUCUCUUCUCUAAUCAUCCAGUCAGUAAGGAUGGCAUUGGAAACAAGGAACAGGGCAAUGGCAGCACCCCAUCAUCCUCUCCAGAUGAGAAGCUUAUAAACAGCCCACAGUCCAUCAACAACUUGGUUUUGCAGGGUUGUUCUUCCAUUGGUCUCCGGUUGGUCUUGGAGUACCUGUACACUGCCAACGUGACUCUGUCCUUGGAUACCGUGGAAGAAGUUCUGUCCGUCAGCAAGAUCCUGAACAUACUCCAGAUCACUAAGCUUUGCGUCCAGUUUCUCAAUGAUCAGAUCUCAGUGCAGAACUACAAGCAAAUCUGUAAGAUUGCUGCUUUGCAUGGGCUGGACGAGACCAAAAAACUUGCUAACAAAUAUCUGGUGGAAGAUGUACUGCUGCUGAACUUUGAGGAGAUGUGCGCCAUGUUGGAUUCGCUGCCUCCUCCAGUGGAGUCUGAGCUAGCACUCUUUCAAAUGUCGGUCCUGUGGCUGGAGCAUGACCGAGAAACCCGCAUGCAGUACGCCCCGGACUUGAUGAAGAGACUCCGUUUUGCCCUGAUCCCAGCCCCAGAACUUGUGGAGAGAGUUCAGUCAGUGGAAUUUAUGAGAACGGAUCCCGUGUGCCAGAAGCUGCUUCUGGAUGCCAUGAACUAUCACCUGAUGCCCUUUAGGCAGCAUUGCAGACAGAGUGUGGCCAGCAGAAUCCGCUCCAAUAAAAGAAUGCUCUUGUUGGUUGGUGGCCUGCCUCCUGGACCGGACCGACUCCCUAGCAAUUUAGUCCAGUACUACGACGAUGAAAAAAAGACUUGGAAGAUACUCACAAUUAUGCCUUACAACAGUGCACACCACUGCGUUAUUGAGGUGGAAAACUUCUUAUUUGUGCUGGGAGGAGAAGAUCAGUGGAACCCGAAUGGUAAGCACAGCACUAAUUUUGUCAGCCGCUACGACCCCAGGUUUAACAGCUGGAUACAACUGCCUCCCAUGCAAGAAAGGAGAGCCAGUUUCUAUGCCUGCAAACUUGACAAACAGCUCUAUGUGAUCGGUGGAAGAAAUGAAAGUGGAUAUCUGUCCAGCGUGGAGUGUUAUAACUUGGAAACUAACGAGUGGCACUAUGUGUCUCCACUGCCACAACCUUUGGCUGCUCAUGCCGGCGCCGUUCAUAAUGGCAAAAUCUACAUUUCAGGUGGUGUCCACAAUGGUGAAUAUGUCUCCUGGCUGUACUGCUAUGACCCAGCAAUGGAUGUAUGGGCCAGGAAGCAGGAUAUGAACACAAAACGAGCGAUUCACGUUUUGGCAGGAAUGAACGAUCGUCUAUAUGCUAUUGGCGGAAACCACUUGAAAGGCUUUUCACACCUUGAUGUCAUGCUGGUGGAGUGCUAUGAUCCAAAAGGUGACCACUGGAAUAUUCUUCAGACUCCUAUUCUGGAGGGACGCAGUGGCCCAGGCUGUGCGGUGCUUGAUGACAGCAUUUUUCUUGUCGGAGGUUACAGCUGGAGUAUGGGGGCCUAUAAGUCAUCUACCAUCUGCUACAGUCCGGAAAAAGCAACGUGGACGGAACUGGAAGGAGACGUGGCUGAGCCUUUAGCUGGCCCGGCCUGUGCUACAGUCAUUUUACCAGCGUGUGUGCCAUUUAACAAAUAAAGCAAGUUGGGAGAAGAAAGGAGGAAUGGACUGUGCACCGUGUGGUCACAUAGUGGUCAUGGAGUGAUGGGCCACAGGACCAUUACACUCGCAAAACCACACAGUACUAGAAAAACAAGCCUUCAUUUCAUCAAUCCAGCAGUAUAACUGACGAAAUCAAAUCAUGCUUUGAUUGUGUAUAAAAUAUGUCUGGAAUCUUAUGAGCUGAGGUGAAUCAGUGGAAGAGUCCAAGGGAGGCACACCUUCGUUUUUUCUUUAACUACCCUUUUGGCUUAUCAACAGCAGUUCACAGAGCCUGAUGAUUAUGGAUAUUUUAGCACUUACGAUAAAAAAAUAAAUUGUCUGUUGCAAGCUUUAAUGAAAAGGUUGAGUUAUUCAUCAUAAGUGACAUUUUCAUUCAUAAUGCCAUCCAUUCACUAAUUCUUUAACCCAGCUGAGGAUCAUGGGGAUUCUGCUCCGAACACAAGGCAGCAAUAAAUCCUGGACAGGACGCCAGCCCAUUCCAUGGCACACUCACACAAACACACACACACACACACUCAGACUUCUUAUAUACGUUAAAGGAAGGCAGCAUUCUUGUUGACAUCUGGAGGUCUUCAGAUGGUAAUAAGGCCAAGGGAAGUAGGGAAGUGCCACCCAUUUUACCUUUUAAUCAGUUAAAUGCAUGGUUCAUUUCAAACGUUCCUCUUUUUAGAUUUCCAUGCAAUUCAUUUUCAUGCCCUGUUACAGUAUAUGGCAUUCAUCUUUUAUUUAAAGUUGUGAGAAUUCUUUUUGUGAAUCCCAGCCUGCUCACUUCCUAUCUGGAGUUUGCAUGACUCCCCUGUACCUUUGUGGGUUGUUCCAAGUGCUUCAUCUUUUCCCCCUAAAUCCCGUAGAUGUGCCAGUUAAAUAGCCACUCCAAGCUGGCUCUGUAUGACUGCGUAUGGCUAUAUGAUCUUGUGGGUCCAAAUCCCACUGCUGACACCACUGCAUGGCCACAAGCAAGUCACUUCACCUGCCUGAGCUCCCUUUGGAAAAACAAAAAAAAUAAUGUCAUUAAUUGUAUCUCAAAUGGUGUAUUUCACCCUUGAUAAAGUCAGCCAGUCAGUGUCCAACCUGCUAUAUCCUAACACAGGGUCACGGGGGUC